CUAUAACUAGGAACAUUUUCUCUCUUUAGGAACCAUUCCAUAUCUCUCUGCCAAUGGCGGACCAUUCUUGUAAUAUAUUGUAUCUGGUGUUAACGGUCUCACUUCUCUUCUCUCAGUCAUCACUUGCCGAAAUCUUUUUUGAAGAGCGAUUUGAUGAUGACUGGCGUUCUCGCUGGGUUAAAUCUGACUGGAAAGCUACAGAAGGAAAAGCUGGUACCUUUGUACACACACCAGGAAAGUGGCAUGGAGACCCAGAUGACAAAGGUAUUAAAACAUCCAGUGAUGCCAAACAUUUUGCCAUCUCUGCCAAGAUACCAGAGUUCUCCAAUAAAAACAGAACGUUGGUCCUACAGUAUUCUAUAAGGUUUGAGCAAGAGAUCGAAUGCGGUGGCGGUUACAUAAAGCUUCUAUCUGGAUUUGUCAAUCAGAAGAAAUUUGGAGGGGACACCCCUUAUAGUUUAAUGUUCGGACCGGAUCUAUGUGGCACAGACACAAAGAAGCUUCAUGUUAUACUAUCCUACCAGGGCCAAAAUUACCCCGUCAAGAAAGAUUUGCAGUGUGAAACUGAUAAGUUGACUCAUUUUUACACAUUCAUUCUUAGGCCUGAUGCAACUUACAGUGUCCUUGUGGACAAUCGAGAAAGAGACUCAGGAAGCAUGUACACAGAUUGGGAUAUUCUUCCUCCAAGAAAGAUUAAAGAUAAGACAGCGAAAAAGCCUGCAGACUGGGAGGAUAAAGAGUACAUUGAUGAUCCUAACGACUUCAAACCCGAGGGAUAUGAUUCUAUUCCAAGAGAAAUUCCUGACCCAACAGCUAAAGAGCCUGACCACUGGGAUGAAGACGAGGAUGGUGUAUGGAAACCACCAAAGGUACCAAAUCCAGCUUACAAAGGACCGUGGAAGCGCAAGAAAAUCAAGAACCCCAACUACAAGGGGAAGUGGAAGACUCCAUAUAUUGAUAACCCAGAGUUUGAAGAUGACCCUGAUCUCUAUGUGCUUAAGCCAAUCAAAUAUGUGGGCAUUGAAGUUUGGCAGGUGAAGGCUGGUUCGGUUUUUGACAACAUUUUAAUCUGUGAUGAUCCUGAGUACGCAAAACAAGUUGUUGAGGAUGUAUUUGCCCAUAGGGAGGCUGAAAAGGACUCCUUUGAGGAAGCAGAGAAAGUGAGAAAAGCGCAAGAAGAAGAGGAAGCUCGGCGAGCCAGAGAAGAAGGUGAAAGGAGGAGGCGGGAGAGGGGUCAUGACCACCGGCGAGACAGACACAGAGACAGAUAUAGAAAGCGCUACGAUCGCCAUUGGGAUGAUUAUCAUGAUGAGCUUUGAUCGGUUUGGUGGCGCCUGUAGCUCGGUUUUGCAGCGUUUGUUUUUCACGUUGUUUCAGUGUCAAAAGAAUUCCUCGAGUCUUUCAUCCAUUGUAGUUCUCGUUCAAAACCUGUUUUUCUUAUGCAUUGCUAGCUAGCUCACCUUGUGGUAGCAGUAUAUUUUUACAUAAAUCAAUGCAGAAAUGAUAGCUACUCUUCUGUAGUAAAUGUAUGGAACAAAAUGUUUUUUGCUUGCGGCUUUCGAUAAGAAUGUAUUUUAGUAAAAA